AUAUGUAUUUCAUUGGAAAAUUCAUGUGUCAAAUUUGGCGAAUAUUUUUCGAUAAUCAGCUGUCAAUGAUACUGACAAGACUUGAAGCAAUUCACGAAAAAUUGAUACGCCUGAAAAUGGUCAACCCGAUGAAAAUGAAAAUAAAUCGUUAUUUCAUUAUUGGUAUUAUUGCCAAUGUUAUAGCAUAUGUUAUAACUCCGAUCUUAUGGGUAAUAAUUCAAACCCGAUUUAAUGAACAAAUUAUGGGAAUUAUGUUGUUCUUAAAUGUUUGCCAAUGCGUUGGAUUUAACGAAUACAUACUACUAAUAUCAUACAUAAAGUGGCUGGUCUACAUGAUAAAUGAACAAAUUCCAGAAAGAAGAUCAUGCUUAAGUACAUUGAGAGACAUGUAUUUGGAAGUUAUAGAAUGCUUGCACCAAGUCAACAGAUCAAUUUAUGGUUUGCCGGUUAUUGUUGUUUUUAUUGCAGGAAAUGUCUCUGAUAUCAUUGCUAAUAUUUACACUUCCGUAUUAUUUCCUAGAGACUAUAUCGUUAAUCCUUAUUUGGUAUUUGCUUUCAAAGACUUGUUAAUGAAAACAGCCAAUAUUCUAAUAUUAUAUAUGAUUGGUCACACCACGGAAAAAGAGAUAAAUCGGAUGAGUGAUGUCUUACACCGACGAUCUGUAAUUGAAAGAAAUCCUAGAAUCAAACGUCAGAUCAAGUUUUUUUUAUUGCGGAGAUUACACGAACACUUUCAUUUUGAGCUCUAUGGAAUGUGUCGUAUUAAUCUAAGACAACUACAUAAUUUAUCAAACACAGCAAUUGGUUAUUUAGUAAUUCAAAUCUUGUUCAAAUUGAAUAAUUAAUAAACGUCGGUACCUAGUCAAUCGGUAACGGGCUAAUCUAUUAAUCAAAAGCCACACAUUAGAAAUUUUAUCUUAUACUUACAUUUUAUACCUACGUAUUUUUUAUCAUGUGACUAAUUGUCAACUCACUAUUCGUUUAAUAUUCGAUUUUUAUUUAUUAUCAUUAAAAUAUUCGAAUAUGUGACAUGAAAAUAAAAAUGCAUAAUAUUGUCACGGGCUAUGAAUCCUAUAUAUAUAUUAUUCAUAGUAAAGUAUGAUUAACAUAUGAUUAAUAGUGUAUUGUGUAUGAUUUAAGUAGUAUUAAUAAAUUUUAAUUACCUUUAAUGGUGUACCGGGCUAUAAUUAGUCAAAUAGCUACUCGCAUUCAUGAAGUCACUAUUUACAUUCAAACUGAAACUACUUUCCACGUACACCCAAAAUACACCUCAAAAUCACGACCGAAGCCACGUGCGAUGUAAAUCAAAAUGCCACACUCAAUAAUUAGUCACAAUUCGUAUUUUUGAAUUUGCACGACUACACCUUUAAGAUACCUCCGAUGCUGUUACAUUAGGUCCAAGACAGGGAAUAGAGACCACUUCUAAGUGACCCUGGAGCACUUACAGCAGAAGCAGAUGUACCCUAGCCGUACGACCUCAGCACUUACACUGCUACUCGACACUAACGUCUACAUGACCUGACAAUUUGUGCUUAAUUUAAAUUUAAAUAAACUAUCAUUUUGUUGAAAAUUAUCUACAACUGUUUAAAAAAAAAACCACAAAUAUGUUGACACUGCUAGCCUAUAUACAACAAGAUGCCAUUCACAAAAA